GCGAUAGGUCUGAGCCAGGUACGUGAUGGAACAGUAGCGAAGUCUAUUGGGCCGUCUAGCUCUAAGCGGAGCUUAUUGAUUGGUAGAGGAAGUGCCAGUUUCGCAUUAAGUUCCUCCCCAGGCCCGCAGUCCCGGAGAUGAAGAGCUGAGGCCCAGAGGGGAAGGGAGUGUCCCAAGUUCCCACACUGGUUGAAGGCAAGGCGCAGAAGCAGGACUAACAAAGACUGAUUUCCGUGGAGUUUUAUCCUUUCCUCCCAACCACAGAUGAGGUACUCAGUGUGGACCAUGUCUCUAAGAGCAUGUGGCUUUAUCAUUUUCCGAAGACCUCACGUUCCCAAAGUGGACAACAAAGCUAUUGAGUUUCUCCUGCUGCAGACGUCAUAUGGAACAAAUCACUGGACUCCCCCUAAAGGUCAUGUGGACCCAGGAGAGAGUGACUUAGAGACAGCUUUUAGGGAGACCCAGGAGGAAGCUGGCCUGGAUGCCAGCCAGCUGAAUGUCAUUGAGGGAUUCAAGAGUGAGCUGAACUAUGUAGUCAACAGCAAGCCCAAAACAGUUAUCUACUGGCUGGCCGAGGUGAAGGACUACAACGUGGAAAUUCGGCUGUGUGGGGAGCACCAGGCUUACCGCUGGCUGAAUCUAGAGGAGGCCUGUAAGCUGGCUCAGUUUAAGGAUAUGGCGACAUCCCUCAGAGAAGGGCACCAGUUUCUCUGCUCCAACACACCUUGAUCCCAGGAAAGGGAAGGUCUUUUGAGAUACCCAAGAUUCAGCCUACUGAGGUUCUCAGAUGUCUCUUUUGAGAUCAAUCCCCACCCUUGUUAGAUUAUCCAGUCCUGCAGUACAGGGAAGCUAAAGCAACCAAUGAAAUCAGGCUUAAGUCUUUUAGGUCAGGGCAAACAUCUGGAUGUUAAAAUGAAAAAGUGGUAUAGAAAUAUAUAAAGCCAAAUCUCUGUACUCUUGUACCUGAGGAAUAAACUGUUAGAAACUCAA